GGUCUCCGGCGCUGGCGGCGCUGCUGCCGGCGGCGGUGGCUGGCGGCGCGGCGGCGCUGGGGGACGUUGUCGUACGGUUGCUUGUACGGCAUGUGUUGACGCCGUGGGCUCAGCGAUGUCCGGCGAGCAGGGCGGGGGAGUGGAUGGUGCCCUUGUGCGGCGCCUUCCUGCCUCACAUGCACGACCGCCUCACCUCCGGCUGGGCAGCGCUCCAAGCUCCCACACUGCUGCAGGCAGGCCCCGCCUCCUCCUCCUCCUCUGCCGCCGCCGCCGCCUCAUCUGCUGCAGCUGCUUCUGGAGCAGGUGGAGGCGGAGGUAGCGGUCCGGGUCGGCCCCAGGGAGGGGCGGGUGCUGCUGCUGCUGGGGGGGCGGGUGCAGGAGGCGGCGGUGCGGGUGCGGCUACGGAUGAAGUGCUGCGAGACACGUUGCUACGAGAGCUCACCCGAGAGUACCUCCACUUCCUCAACGCCCUAGCUACUCGCCGACCCGCCGACCCCGCCUCCGACCCCACCGCCACCACCACCACCUCGGCCCUCCUGCCUCCCACCUCCUCCGGCACCGCCGCCACCUCCAUCUCCCCCCGGGUCAGCGCCAAUGGAGGUGCACCCCCCGCUGCGCCCUCCUCCCCCACCGGAUCUGCCGGCGGACUCCCACUGCAGGAGAGCAUGCUUGAGGUGCUGCUGCGAGC